AUGUAUGCAAAUGCGCCCAUAAAAGGGACUCAUCCCUCUCCAACCUUUUCUAGUCAUCCCAUCUCCACCAUGCCUACUGGAUGCAACAAACCCUGGCUGAUCUGUGCGGUCUUCUUCUUUGCAGGUAUCUAAAAUCAUAAAGACUAAUGAUCUCAGUGAUCAUUGUAGGGUUGGCUAUAAUGGUAAAUGCAAUUCCGACGGCUUCCGGACCUGGGAAGACCGAGCCGGAUGAGAGGAUCAGCUCUCACGUACUUGAUAUAUCCAAUGGAAGCCCAGCAAAAGGCGUCAAAUUGGUUAGCUUUAAGUACAACGACAGUACCCAGAGAUGGGUGGAGCUGCGCGAAACGUGAGUUCAUCUUAUAAUUAUAUGCCCACAAUCCAUUUAUAAUACUCGGACAAACAGUGUAGCCUCAGAAUAAUAUACUGUCUUCGAAAAUAUAAUUAAACCUAUUAUUAUUGUAAAUUCGGACAGACUAAUUGGCGAGUAUAUUAACUUACGCCGAGAGAGCCAGCCUUCUGCGCUCUUGACAUUAUCCUGAACGCCUAUUAAGGUUACAUCCAAAGGCACUGUCAUCCCAAGUUAGGAAACCUUCCCUUCAGUCUAAUAAGAUUAAAUGAUCUGUGAAAUAGUAUAAUGACGAUUAACCUUAGAGUAACUGAUGCGAAUGGAAGAGUAAAUUCAGUCCAUCCGGGUCUACCAUUGGACACCGGAAUCUACAAGAUCACUUUCCAUGUACAAGAAUACUUCGACAACCUCAAUCAAUCUACUUUUUACCCGCAAAUUGAUGUGAGUACUACACUUAUUUUGUUAUCUUACUUUAGGUGGUGUUCCGAGUAACCGAUGCCAACCUCAAACUGCAUGUCCCUCUGACAUUGAGCAACUUUGGAUACUCGACCUACAAAGGCCAAUAG